UCAAACGCGCUGACAAUCGGCUUCCAUUCGACGUCUUGUAUUUAUCUAUCAUCGCCGUAUAAUCUCGCUGAGCACCACAAUAAAACCGGCGCUACAUUAUCGCGAACGUGAACUCAGUCAGACUCAUUUUAAAUAAACUCACAAAACGCUUCGCAAAUAUUUGUCCGGCUCCGGUUGCUCGAAAUUGAGCCCUAUUGCGUCGUAAUUGGGAGCUAGUUAAAGUUUUUACUUGUUUAAAAUUACUAUAUAAAGCGGUGCGAUGCAGACGCGUCUCUUUUAGUGGGAAUAACAGUGCUCGGUUCAAAAUGGUGUACACGAUAACGGAUAAAAACUUGGGCGCAGCGGAAGACAAGGGUUGUGUAUGGAAACAGUUCGGCCUAUGUUUCGCGGUUAGCCUCCUAUUCUUCACUCAUGGGGUCGAGAGCAACAACCUCACGAUAUCGACUCACUCUGGAUACUUCAUCUUCUUCAACGACGUGCCAUGGACCACCACCGCCCUCAUCCUCGCUUCCAUCUUCAGUGGCAGCCUGUUCUGCUUCUGCAUCGACAGGUUGGGACGAAGAUUCGGAAUAUACGUCAUAGUGCUUCUGCAAGGGGUCUCAUGCGUACCUCUUCUCUUACCGCACUCAGAAGUAAGCAACAUAAUUCUGCACGUGCUCAUCGGGGUAUCAACAGCUGGGCUGUUCACCUGCGUGCCGAUAUACUUGAGAGAGAUCAGCACGAUUCAUAGCAGAGGAGCCAUGGUCGGCUUGAUGUCGUUCAUGACAGCAGGAGGUUAUUUGGUUAAACUCGGCCUCAGCUCGGAGUCUAUGCUCUACCUAACGGUAUCACUUGUGAUCCUUCAAUUCCUGUUUUUGUUCACAUUAAUAGAAACCCCCGACUAUCUAAUUAAAGUCGGAAAAAUUGAGGUAGCCAGACACAACUUAGCGAAGCUGAAGUGUUUGGGCGCGGAUGAUGUGUACAUAGACCACGAGAUAAGACGCCUCCAGAGCGAGAGCGACAGGGCCAGAGCUAAUGGGAACCUGGGCAUACUUCAGAUAGUGCGAAACAGAAUUUGGAGGGACGAGAUGAAAAUAGGUUUCGUUCAAUUUACAACCCUGAUACUCAACGGGAGCAUCAUAUUCCUCGACCAGGAUAAGGCCUUGAUCCAACUGAACGAUGACAUCGAUCCAGAGAAGAAAUUGGUACCGAUAUGCUUGUUCUUGGGGAGCAUAACCUGUGUAGUUCUUUUGAGGAUACUGGAAAGAAAAUAUAUUCUGACGGCGGCGUUCUCCAUAAUGAUUCUAUCGAUGGGCACCCUGGCAGUGUUCACCCAGUCUGACCUGACCGUGCGGUCGGAGAGAUGGCUCCCUGUGGUAGCCCUGGGGGUACUGGUCUUCGGAUAUGGCCUGGCCUGGGCCAUACCCACUGUUAUAUUGACUGAGAUGUUUAAUUUCGAGAUCAGAGCGUUCCUCGUUGGCGUAAUAUUCACUUAUUCUCAAGUGCUGAGGAUUGUUCACGUUCACACUUUCAAGUAUUUGGAGGACUUCACAGGAAUAUAUACCUUAAUGUACAUGUUCUCAGCGGUGAACAUACUGGGAGCGAUAUACACGAUAUCUGCCGUACCUGAAAUCAAGAUGAAGAACGUUAGACAAAUAGAGAGGCAGUUGAAAAGAGUCCCGCUGCUUGAAUUUAAGACUGUGAAGGUUUAAUAUAAUACUCAGACAGUAGAAUAACACGAAAUUAUUCUAGGUUGAAGUGCCUAUAAAUAAUUUUACUGAGACU